UCAUGUGGAUUACAAGCAAUGCAAUAAAAUUUUGGCGAUAUCAAUGGAAGAAGCAUGGGAGAUGCAUGUUUUGACCGUCCCGACGAACCUCUUUAUUAUUUUAACACUACUUUAGAGUUUGUCGAGAAACAUAAUAUGUUUGAAAUCCUUACAAAAGGAGGCGUAGAACCUGAUGAUAUGGGUGGAUAUAGUGGUUCUGAGAUUGCUCGUGCGAUUACUGAUACUUUAGAAUUACAAGUUGAAAUUGUUUUUUAUAAAAUUGGCGAACGUUUACAACUUUCCGAGGUGAGAGUAUGCUUUGCAAGGAAUGGUUCAAGAAUGGCAUGCCCUACUCCAUUUAGAGUAUGUCAAGAGUCUGACACCAUAUGGUUCCUUCCUGGUUAGCAGCAAACCCACGCUUAGGUGAAAGGGAUCAGUUGACCCUCUCUCAAAAGCUUUAAUAUUUUCAGGGGUUUUAUUCGCAUGGGUGAGGUUGGGGCUUGGUUUAUUUACUUCUAUGGAAGCUUUAUGUAAGA